UAAGUAUUUUGUAUUUGGGAAAUUAAUGUCAUGAUUAAAUUGAAGUAUUUUGUCUCUUCAAAUGUUUUCAGUUUUGAAAUUAGAGACUAAGGGAAGUUAAAAGACGAGAAUAUCAUUUUAAUUCCCAGAUAAUUUUAUUAAAAAAACAAAAAACGAAAUUAAUCAAAUCGGUGUUAUUUUUUGUGCAGUAUUUUAGAAGACUUCAUCAUAGAAAGAGCUGUCUGUAGCUACAGAAGACUCAUUCUUGGAAACUGCAGCAGGUUGAAGUCUACGGGAAAGGGGAGAACAAUAUCUAUGAUUAGAGUGGACGAAGAAUCAAUACAGUAGCAAAGCAGCUCAGUUCAGACGGAGGAAGGAGAUAGCUGAGGAAGAUUGCCUGUUUAACAAGUGAGUGUGUCAUUAUGUCUCCAUUAUUUCUUGUCAUUGAUUUGGAGGGAUUACUAUUCUGUGGAAAUUUCGUGCUGCUUUUCUCUCGCUCUGAGAGUUGAUCGCAAUUAUGGUUGAAUGAUGGUCCUGGGAAGAUGCGUUGCAGAAUCAACUUCCGUUUCUACAUGCUGCUACUCAGUGCCGUAUACUUUACAAUGCUCUACAUAUUCCAUGGCAACUUGCAGUCAGAGACACAAAAGCCUGAUAGAAAUAAACUGUCAAUGGGUGUUGAAAUGCAAAAUGCAUUCUUAAAAAUUCAGCCACCCAUCGAUAUAAAGAGAAAGGUGUUGGCAUCACAUCAGGAAUUCGUAGAGAUCACAGCUUCAAGACUUCAUGUUCAACAGGUUUUUACAACAUCAGGAGCUAAAAGGAAUGAUAUCGAGGUCGAAAAUAGCAUUAUAAGCACGAAAAGAACAUCUCAAAUGAUACAGAAGACAUCUGAAUGUUUUUUGCCUGCAGUAACACCUAACAGAACUUUUCAAACAAUAGAACCAACAUUUUAUGUAUAUUCUGCAUAUCUAGAUAGGAGAUAUAAUGAUAGAUUUGUACGCAUUAUGGCAUUGCUUUCACUAAAUAAGGGAAAUCGUCAAUUGAAAGUUUCUUGUAGCUUUAGAAACAGCAGUGGUUCUAUAGUUGAAACAACGGCAAAUUUUUACGAACUGUGUGAAAACCAUGGGAGAAUGUAUGGCGGUUUUAUUUUGUCAUGCCCUAUCCCUAACAGUGAUGUAUGUCAUGUAAAUGUUUCAUUACAGAUAAAACCAGUGCAUCGUAAUUAUGUAGUUCCAGAAACUGUACAAGUGAGACUUCCUGUGACCCAGCUGGGUUGGCAGGAAUUUCCAGAUCAAACAAGCGGACAACACGAGAACCAUGGACAACAUGCCACAUUUGACAUGCCUUACAAUUUUAGUAUAUGUGUUCCGCCGCUUUUCGGCGACAUUGAUGUCAUGAGAUUCGUUGAAUUUUUGGAGCUAAAUAGAAUAUUAGGUUUUCAGCAUUUUAUAUUUUAUGUUUCAACCAUAAAAAAUCCAGAUAUGUAUAAAAUAUUAGAUCAUUAUAAGAAAAUGGGUAUCGUAACAAUAAUAGAAUGGGCUUUACCGUCAAAUAUACGCAGUGGACAGAUAUGGUAUAACGGCCAGCUUAGUGCUCACAACGAUUGCUUAUAUAGAGCAAUGUCCUUGACGCAGUAUCUUGCUAUAAUAGAUUUAGACGAAUUCAUUGUUCCCCACAAUGGGGAGAUAACUCUUACUAACCUCAUUCCUAAAUUAUUUGACGAUAAAGUGUGUGGGCUAAGUUUUAAUAGUGCAUUUUAUGACAAGAAGUUUUCUAAGAGCACGUCUACAAGUAGAUUGUUGACAGCUCGUCACACAGGAAGGAGUGCAAUAUUUAGUAAAGUACGUACAAAAGUGCUGAUAAAACCGUCAAAAAUAUUUGAAGUAGGCAUUCAUCACAUCAGUAAACCUGCAGCAGAGGAUUUUAAAGUGGACAAAGUGGACACAUCCGUCGCAUAUCUUCAUCAUUAUAGAGACUGUGUACCAAAUUACGGCAUGAAAUGUAAAGAUUUUGUAGAAGAUAACACCUUGCUCAACACAACUUCACAGCUUGAAGACAACAUUAGUAGUGUUCUCAAACUAGUGUUUAAAGAACGCAAAAAACAAGAAUAAAUUUGUCUUCUGCUUCUGUUAAUUUGAUCAAUCGGUUAAGGUAGCAUUUUUAAAUGAAAAAAUGCUUGUCCUAUAAUCCUUUUAGAACAGUGCCAAGCACUAUUUGUCAGUAGAUCUUUAUGUUGUUUGUACAUGUUUUGUUUUAGAACAUUGUUAAGCAUUAUGUAAAGUAAAAUUUAUUCAAUUUAAUUGAAUGCAAUACCACUGUCUAGUCUUGUUGAAGAGAAUUAUUUUUAUUUAUUAAAUUCUUACAUUAAGAA